AUGCUCUCGGGGCGCAAUCAAGCGCAAACGCUCCAUGAAUUUGAGAUAGCUCCAGAAACGUCGGGGCACAAAAGGUAUUCCUAUCAACCGCGACAGACAAAUACACCUUCUCGCGCUGGUCGUACGCUCAACCAGUACCAAAAGAGUCCCUUAUUCGUCCCAAAAGAGGGGUUCGUUCGAGGUCCGAAGCAGCAGCAGCAGUAUGCAUUUCCCUCCGGUAUAUCCAAUCUCAAAGACGAUGCGUCAGAACACAUGCUCCGCCGCAAGACCCCGAAUGGAACACUAGCAGCUGGUUACGAUGGAAGACCAAUAGAAUGGAUGUCGAAGCCGCCUGCUCCAAAACAUGUUCUGAUGCCAGCCUCUGGACCGGCACAAGGGACGUCACUGAUGCUAGACUUCCCACCUCAGAUAUCCAAUACCAUCUCCUGUCGUCCACCGCAGUCUUUUGCGGCCAGGGCUGAAUCUUUGCAAGGCUCGGGUGAUUUUCUGUACGCAGGAAACUGGUCACAUGGAACGCCCAUGGCGGGAGCUCAGCUCGACGCCAACGUGAACCCGAAUGCUCCACCGGCCGGUGGAAUGGAUUCUGUUUUACACCAGUCAUCUUUGCAUACUCAUCCUUUCAACACAGUAAGUAACCAGAGUGUACCAACGGUCUUGCAGCCCAUGUGGCCGCCAUGUCUAGGCCCUACCUCAUUGCAAGCUCCAGGUCCGUUCGGGCCGUAUUGGCCGAAUGGGGCCUUUGAACCAUAUCGACCAGCUCCGCUGCGAGACUUCAGGCUUGACAAUAAUGCAUGUUCCCCAGCAAUGCCUCAACUUGCUCACGAGCAGACAGUUUCGAAUCAAAGAUGUAGACUAUCAAGCCUCCCUGGCGGCAGAGACCUUUCCCUGGAUCAUCAAGGGCAUUCUCAUGGGAAUAAUGAUGUCGUUCAGACAUCAAAUGGUUCGCAUAAUAGCAGUCUACCACAUGACUUCUACUCGAAGCUUGCCAUUGAGCAAGGUUCACCGGCAGAGUCUACGCUGUUAUUGAGUGAUAAUAAGGUCAGAGUCAGAACGUCCGAGGCCUCUGCCAUGUUUGAAGAGCGUCAGCCAAGCUUUGCUUUAGCUUCGGGCCAAGCUCAAUUCAAGGAAAGAAUCUUACAAUGGGCGUAUAGAACGUACUGUGGGUUGCUUGCAUCAAUCGAAUCAGCGAGACGAGACGAGCAAUCGAGCAAGAGAUUGACCGCGGUGCCAAAAUCGUACGCACCAAUGCCGCGGCGUCCCUAUCCCUCUUGGUCAAGCAAACAUCGUCGGUCUAGUUCAGAUUCUGUUCCUGCUAAUGCCUCGUAUACCAAGCCUCUUUCGCAUGGGAAUGUUUCGUCCCAUUUUGGCAGUCUGCUCGAGGAGAAUGAUUGUGCAACGAAGAAUAACGUGAAAUAUCUACAGACAACGCCCUAUUUGGUCAACGAACACGAUAAGCUCGCCCACGGAGAUGCUUCUGUAAGGGGCUGGCAACCGCAGUCCCAGCAUUUCAGAUUGUCAGCGCAUACACAAAACCCUAGUUAUGUACCUGCGCGACUUACUCAACACCCAACACCUGCCUCUCCGGCGGCUGCUGCUGUAAAUGCGAUGGAAAUUUUGAGCAAGCUUUGUCAAGAGAGUAAUUGGCAAUGGGCAGACGGCAUGCUUCUAAAUGGCUGUCUGGCUUACGGACUCGGCGAAUAUUCGAAAGCUACGAAAUGGUAUUUGAAAGUCCUGCGACAGGAUGCCAACAACGUGGAGGCAAUGUCGAACCUAGCAGCCACUCUCCUUGCAUUGGGGCAACGGCGUGAAGCAGAGCAGCAUUGGAUGCGAUCCAUUCAACUGCGGCCAAGCUAUUUCGAGGCCGUUGAGCAUCUGGUUGGCCUUCUGCAUGAAGAGCACCGAGGGAGGGAGGCUGUUGCGCUCAUUGAUUACAUUGAGUCAGCUCUUGUAUCGGAAGUGUCCUCGAAUGUUGGUCAUCAGGAGGACCGUUACUCCGAUUCACAUCACCGAUCAGGCAGCUACGCUAUUCCUUCCUCUGACAACGGCCGUUUACUAGCUUUAGUCCAUGGGAAGGGAAACGUCCUCUAUCAGUCUGGUGAGAAUGACCAAGCUGCUAAAGCGUUCGAAGAUGCCAUUUUGAUUGGGACUGGCCAAUAUCCCGACAGGAUUCGAGGGUUGAUUGGUCAUAUACUAAGAGUUUUUUCAGAGAAAAAGCACUUACUAGGGCAUUUGUCUAAAGGACAACAGAAUCACGACGAACCGGCUUUACUUCCACCCGAAACAGCUCUGGAAACCGCUCGUUUAGUGUUUCCCCCGAACGGCAAUCUGCCUGGCUUAGAGACCAUCCCACAGGGGAUGGGCCAAAAAGCUGCCGUCUCUAUCAUUAGUAACUCUCUUCUUUCGCUGGCAAAGAUAUACCAAGACGGAAUGUCGUCAAGUGGUGCCUCAGCUACAAGUUCCCGAGCUACUACUGGAGUUCAGGAAAUCCUGGUGCUCUAUUACUUGUCCUUGUCCUUGCAACCAAGUCCUUCAACUGCAAACAAUGUUGGGAUAUUGCUAGCUGGUGUCCAGCAAUCAGCGCGAACAAAUCAGCAGAUUGUCUCCCAUCAAAGCCCAUCAACGUCAACCUCGGGCGUGACUCCUGGAAGCGGUGUCGCUCUUGCCUUAGCAUAUUACGAUUAUGGCUUGAAAUUAGAUCCUCGACACACUCAUCUGUAUACGAAUUUGGGUAGUCUAUUCAAGGAUAUUGGACAGCUUUCGGCAGCUAUAAAGAUGUAUGAGAAGGCUGUAGAGUGUGAUGGGAACUUCGAUAUUGCUCUAGCGAACCUCGCUAAUGCUGUGAAGGACAAAGGUGGCAUUAAAGAUGCCAUCCACUACUACAAGCGUGCUGUUGCGUCGAAUCCUGACUUUGCCGAGGCCGUUUGUGGUCUCGCGAAUGCUCUGAAUUCAGUGUGUAGUUGGACGGGCCGAGGUGGGAUUGGCUACUUUCCCACCACUUUGGAUCGAUGGCACGUGGAUGAACAAGGCAUCCUAUAUGACUCAAAAGCUUGCUCGGCCCCCAGCAGUGGCUGGAUGGAACGUGUUGUGGCGAUAGUCGGAAAGCAACUUCGAGAAGGUAGAAACUGGGGCCAAGGUGUUCUGAAAAACAAUAGUAUUGACUACAUAAUGCACCAGCUACAUCGCAGCAUCAAAAACGCUGCUUUGCAUGGAUUCCAUACGACUUUACACUCUUGGGCAGAGGAGCCGUGGGAAGGCGCAAAAGUGGUACGAAUGGUGGAGCGUGCAACGAGACUCAUAACAUGGCAGCUGUACCAAGAGAAGCAUGGCCUCUAUACUCAGUCCUCCGCAGCCCUUCGCAUUCGACCACGGCUGCCUGCCGCCUUAGCUGUUCCGAGCGCCCCAACCGUCCUGCCCUUUCACACCUUCACCUGCCCUCUGUCCGCUAAGCAAAUUCGUCAAAUUUCACAGCGAAAUGGGCUUCGAGUUUCGUGUACAACAUUGCGGGCCCCCUGGCUCCCAAACAGUGUUUACGAGCCUCCAGAACCUCCCAAACCUCAGCUGAAUGUCGGAUACAUCUCCUCGGACUUCAACAAUCACCCACUAGCUCACCUCAUGCAGUCCGUAUUCGGAAUGCACAACCCGGCAAGAGUAAAGGCAACUUGCUACGCAACCACGACCAGCGACGGCUCUGUACAUCGCAAUCAGAUUGAGCGUGAAUCUCCAACGUUUUAUGAUGCCUCCUCUUGGUCAAUAGAGCGCCUCGUCAAUCAAGUUGUUGCAGAUGGGAUCCACAUUCUCGUCAAUCUCAAUGGCUACACUAGGGGAGCAAAGAAUGAAGUAUUUGCUGCGCGAGCUGCGCCCAUACAAAUGUCUUUCAUGGGGUUCGCUGGAACUUUAGGAGCUGAAUGGUGUGAUUAUCUCCUGGCCGAUAGGAUUGCAAUCCCGCCAAAUACAUUACGACCCUUCAGAGGAAACGUAGACCUACAAGAUCUUGUGCUAGAUGGGAAUUACAGGGAAGAUCUGGAUGAGUGGGUUUACGGGGAGAAUAUUAUAUUUACUCGUGACACAUUUUUCUGUUGUGAUCACAGACAGAGUGCCCCCGACGCGCAAGAGAAGCAACUGGACUGGAGGAAUGAACAGAGACGGCGGUGGAAAAUGAGGAAAGAGCUCUUCCCUGACCUGGCGGACGACGUUGUAAUACUGGGCAACUUCAACCAACUUUACAAGAUUGAGCCAACGACAUUCAGGUCAUGGCUGCGUAUUCUCUCGCGGGUUCCGAGAGCCGUCCUUUGGCUCUUGCGCUUCCCAGAGCUUGGAGAACAGCAUCUGCGACAAACGGCAAUGCAAUGGGUAGGGGCUGAGGUGGCCUCACGCAUCAUCUUCACGGACGUGGCGCCUAAACAGCAACAUAUUGCACGAGCCCGGAUCUGUGAUCUGUUCGUCGACACACCUGAAUGCAAUGCACAUACAACAGCGGCGGAUGUGUUGUGGUCCGGCACACCUCUCCUGACAUUACCUCGAUAUGAGCACAAGAUGUGCGCUCGAAUGGCGGCUUCCAUAUUGCGCGGGGCAUUGCCCAGAAAUAGUGAAGGGGAUCGAGCAGCAUCGGACCUUAUUGCGACGAAUGAUGAGGCUUACGAGGAACAAGGGGUAGAGUUGGCCAGUGACCUUUAUUAUCCACUUGACGAGGGCGAAGCAGGAUUUGGAGUGGGCAGACUGGUAGAGUUACGCAAACUGUUGUACGAAAGUCGUUGGACGAGUGCUUUAUUCGACACCAGGCGCUGGGUUCGGGAUCUAGAGGCUGCUUAUACUGAGGCUUGGCGAAGAUGGGUGGCUCGGGAAGGCGGCGACAUCUGGCUGUGA